CUUGUCCCAUCAUUUCAGCAAGGAAAGAGUCAGGGUCGAAGAAAAUCUACCAUGGAAGCCUUCUGUCCACUAUUGUCACAAAGCAAUGUUGAGGACUUGAUGAAAGAGUAUCAUGUCCCUGGCCUCAGCAUUGGUUUCGUCAAGGAUGGAAAAGUCACAUCAUCUGCAUAUGGUGUUCUGAACCGACAUACGCAGCAAACUUGCACACCAUCAACAUUAUUCGACAUUGCUUCAUGUUCAAAGUCGUUGACUGCAGCUUGUAUAGCGAUACUAGUUGAAGACGACAACUACCCAGAAAUCACAUGGACAACACCGCUCAGCAAACUUUUACCGGAGGACUUUGUGAUGCCAACAGAAGAAGCUACGGAGAAUGUUACUGUGGAAGAUAUGUUGUGUCAUCGGACUGGUAUGGCGAGACAUGAUUUGUCAUAUGUGGGUAUCAAUGGAGAACAACCGGAUACUCCUCGCUCGGUAACAAGAUCACUACGAUACUUACCAAUGGCCGCGCCUGAAAAGACGAAAUACAUGCUCUACAGCAAUGCAAUGUAUACCAUUGCAACCCACCUCAUCGAAGUGAAAACCAACCUCAGUUUUUCGGAUUUCUUGACGAGGAAGCUUUUGAUUCCCUUGGGUAUGACGUCUACCUACGUGCAGCCUUCUUCCGCAAAAGCUGCAGGUCAAGAUGGUAGAAUAGCAUACGGGCAUACCUUUGAUAAAUCUACCGAAACAUGGACCAUCUUCCUACCGCUGGAAACACCAGAAGCACAAGGCGCCGGCUCAAUAAUAACCACAUCGCUCGAUUACACCACUUGGAUAUCCUCCCUCCUAUCCCACCUCCCCCCUCUAAUCCAGUCCAUCUCCACAGCCCUCUCAACGCCAAAAAUUCUUCUCCCACCAGAAGAGACUGAUAAUCUACCCCCGUUCUCCUCACCUCCACUCUACUGCCUAGGUUUCGAAACCUACUUCUACCGUGGGUAUAAAGUGGUUAUCCAUGAUGGUUGCGUCGACGGCUUUGGAAGUAGCCAUUUCUUCCUUCCUGGUCAAGGAUUUGGAGCUGCGAUAUUCGGGAAUGGAGAUGAUGCAUUUGCCGUCACGGGGAUUAUUGCAAAACAACUUAUUGAUGCUGCUCUGAAAAUACCAGGGGAUGCACGAAUCGAUUGGGCAGAGUUGCAGAGACGGAAAAGUAGAGAAGCGGAAGAGGAAUAUGAUAUUGAGAGAGAGGCUCAAGAAAUGCGAGAGGAGCUGUUUGAUGAAACACGGUCCAGUGUAGAGCCGCUUGCUCUGGAGAGGUGCUUGGGGAGAUACAGAAAUCCGGGCUAUGGUCUUUUUGUCCUAGAACUCAAAGAUGGAGAGCUCUUUAUCGAUCUUAAUGAUCGUGGCUUUCCUUCUUCUAUCGUACUCGAAAAUGUUCAGACUUGGAUUGAUGAAGGUGAGAUAGAGACUCUGACUGUUGGGGACAAGAAGGCCGAGAUGACAAAGUCGGCAUUCAUCGCCCAUCUAACACCGUCAAGGGGGACCUAUAAAGAGGUCUUGGAAACGCAGUUUGAGAUUUUGAGGGGCCAUGAUGGAAGAGAGGAGUUCAAGAUGGGUAUCAGGCUGGAGAACGACUUGGUGGAGGGAGAGUUGAUUUGGUUUACUAGAGAGCAGUCAUGAGAAUGUGGUAUACAAUCUCGCUCUGAUUCUUCGAGCAGCAGAGUUCAAAAGGUCACUGAUGGGCGUGGUACAUUUCAUGGUUGCAAAGCACUGUCCAGCAGUGGUUUUCAAUUUCAUCUCGUCCUGUGGCUGUCUCGUUCGCUGGACCAUCCUGCCAUGUUGAUGACCCGCUUGUUGCCUAUCCCAUUUAUAUAAUUUCU